UGGGAAUCAAUUUGGAAAACGACCAUAUCUGCUUGGAUCGCGAUGUUCUAAUUGUCAAUGCGGUGGAGAAUGCACUUCAGAAGGCCUUUGUCCUCCAUGUUGCACCGGAAUACGUUAUCCGCAACAAGGAAAUUUCAUGCAUUUACCACCCCCCCGAGCGCAAGCGUCGCGUAAAUUAUGGCAAAAUAAAAUUGGUGUGCAACAGAAGCAAAAAAAUUACCAACGAAAGGGAAUUGGCAAAUUAUACAAUUAUGAAUGUCGAGAUUUGGAGCCAUACUGUGAGAAUUGGGCUCAAAAUGUUGGAUGUUACAGUAAACAUCGAAAUUUCAUGAUGAAACGUUGUCCUAAAACUUGCAACACCUGUCAUCCAUUUAUUUCUGCUGUUAAUCAAGUGCGCAGUUGUACUGAUAAUAAUCCAAAUUGUGAUUCAUGGGCUCGAUACGGUCAAUGCCACGGUUCUCGAGAAGCGUAUAUGGCGGAGAACUGUCGACUUUCGUGUGCUCUUUGUUCUCCAUCCAGUCGUCAUAAAUACAAAUAUCAAAGCAAUAAUUUAAACGAUACAUUUAUUUAA